GAAGCAUUACAAGAUCCCAAAAACAAGAAGAAUAUUAACAAUGAAGACUCUCUUGGAAAGUUUGGGUUUGGCAGAGUUCUAUGAUAAGAAGCUCACUCUUUACACAGUGCUGCAAAUUGACAAGAAGAGUGUCACAGAUGUGCCAGUUCAGUCGCUCACUGAUCUGCCAUGGCUCUUCUUGAAGAGACUGAUGAUGUUACAAAGGACAGCAUGGACUGUAAAGUGUAUCACAUCAGAUCAUGCAGAAGAUUGAGACUGGGAUGAUGAUCAGGAUAGUGCUGAAUCUGACUGUCCUAAGUCAGUAAAUCCUUUAGACAUCGUCACUGCUGUGCUCCUUUGUUCUGACAGUUUUCUUCAGCAGGAAAUCAUCCUCAAAAUGUCCAUGUGCCAGUUUGCAGUUCCCUUGCUGCUUCCAAAUAAUGAAAACAACCAGAUCACUCUUUUGCUUUGGGCAAUGAGAGAUAUUGUGAAAAAAUACAGACCACACUCCCUGUUAAAUUCAAAUAGAUUUGUAGAAGACAGAAUCGCUCUGUCAGACCUGCCUUUAGUGUCUUUUGUGAGACUUGGUAGGUGCAACAUUUCCAAGUCAGAAAUUCUCAACAAAUUGCUCAGCAAUCCACAGCAGUACACUGACACCUUUGUGCACUUCAACAUUGAUUGUGGAAACAUCAGAAAGAAAAUAUCGAAUGGAUUGGUUGAGAUGACCUGGUAUCUUCCUUGUGGAAAUGAAAACAUUGAUGUCUUUCCUGAGCCUGUAGCAAUAGCAAACCUGAGAGGAGACAUCCAGAACUUUGAAACACAGUACUCCUUCCUCUGCGAGGCUUCAGCUGCUGUGUUUGUGUUCUUUGAAGCCCAACUUUUAGAUACAAAGUUCAUUUCAGUCCCCAAUCAGAAACCUGUACCUCAAUUAUUUUUUGUGGGGGACUCUAACAAUGAAAGCAUAAAAGCUACAGUCAAGAAGCUCAAUCUGAAGAAAAGCAAUUUCAUCUUUAAAGCGAAGCAGAAUGAUGCAGACUUUGUUGACAAAAUUCAGAGCAAGUUGCAGGAUGCAAUUACUAACAACAAUCACAAAAUGUCAGUUGUUCGUUUAGCUGAGAUUGCACAAAAUCUGGGAAUUUUUGUGGAUGAGAGUGCUGAAGAAUGUCAGCGAGCCAAAGAACGUGCAGAUGAAAUCACAACAAAAAUAAAAGAUAUAGUUCAGUUCAAGAAGGAGGAGCUUCCUCUUCAUGGUGAGAUCUUGAUGAAACUGGCCAAGUUAGAGAAGGAGGAAUUCAGAAUGAAGAAAGUAGGGGAUAAAAAUAUUGAAGACUACAAAAAUGACCUUCAGAUGCAGAAAAAUAAACUUAGACAAGAGCAACGCAAACUAAACAUGUCUUCUACUAUGAGCUGCUUUAUCAGUGCAGUGUCAACACCAGAAAGAGCCUACUUUUUAAAAUGGCUGAGGAUCAAUUUGGAGAAUCACACCCAUAAAGUACUUCCUGAACUUAGAGAACUCUACAAACAGAAAUGUCAAGAUGUCAGUGGGAACAAGGCAGAAAUUGCUGAGCUGGAUAAAAAGAUUUCAAACAGUUCUUUAGGAGUGGAGCACUUCAUUCGUGAGAUGAGCCAGCUUUAUGAGGCUGCAGUGUCACUUCCAGAAGGUGAUCCUUACAGAAAACAGCUGGAGCACUUACCUAAGCUCUGUGCUCAACUACUGUUGGAUGGAUUUACACUUGAACUAAUUGAUGGAGAUUCUUCAAAUAUUCCUGUAAACUGGAUCAGUGGUGUGUUUUCUGAAUUAAACACACUGGUAAAUCCCAAAAACAAGAUUGUGGUUGUCACUGUUUUGGGUGUCCAGAGUUCAGGAAAGUCAACGCUGCUGAACACCAUGUUUGGAGUUCAGUUUGCAGUAAGCAGUGGAAGAUGCACCAGAGGAGCUUUUAUGCAGCUCAUUAAAGUAACAGAUGAUUGUGAACUCUGCUGUAAUUAUAUAGUGAUUAUUGAUACUGAAGGACUGAAAUCCCCUGAGCUUGCACAACUGGACAACAGCUAUCAGCAUGACAAUGAGUUGGCAACUCUCGUUGUUGGAUUGAGUGAUGUAACGAUUAUCAAUAUUGCAAUGGAGAACUCCACAGAGAUGAAGGACAUUUUACAGAUCAUUGUCCAUGCCUUCCUCAGGAUGAAGGAGAUAGGUAAGAAACACAAGUGUUUGUUUGUACAUCAGAAUGUUGCUGACGUCUCAGCUCAUGAUUCAAACAUGAGAGAUCGUAAAUUUCUCUUGGAGCAACUAGAUGAAAUGACACUGGCUGCAGCCAAAAUGGAGAACAAGCUGAAGUUCAAGAAAUUUACAGAUGUGAUGAAUUACGACACUGACACAGGUGACCGCUACAUCCCUGGAUUGUGGCAUGGCAAUCCCCCAAUGGCACCAGUGAGUAUUGGCUACAGUGAGUCUGUGUGUGCUCUCAAAAAGCAUAUAUUGGAGAUCUUCAGAUGCUACAAGCCCAGUGACAUCAGUGAAUUUCUUAAAUGGACCAAAGACUUGUGGACUGCUGUGAAAUAUGAGAAAUUCAUCUUCAGCUUUAGAAACAGCCUGGUAGCUGAUGCAUACAUCAAACUGUGCACGGAGUACAACAGAUGGGAGUGGACACUGAGAAAACAAAUGCAUACAUUGGCAUUAGAAGCUGAAACAAAUAUCUUAAACCAUGGAAAAUUUGAAAACUCUGAGAGGUGCAAAGUUGAAGACAUCCAUUAUGGUUUAAUACUAAAAGCAGAAACGGAGCUUUCGAAAGGACAGGACGAAAUUAUUCACAAGAUUGAAUCAUACUUUGAACAAGGAGAAGGUCAUGUCGAACUUGUGGAAAAUUAUCGACAGGACUUUAUAAACUCUGCCAAGUCACUGAAGACAGAGCUUUUGAAUUCCAUCAGAACAAAACUGGAUGCAGCUCUUUCAUGUCGAAAUGGAAUGAUCAAGGUGGAAGGAAUCAAAAAGACUUACAUGGACACAAUGGAGAAAAAAGUGCUGGACUUGCUGAAAGACUGUCGUGAGAAAAAGUCCAACAUGUCAGACUACAACCUGGAUAAAGCAUUUGAAAAAAUGUGGCUGGAGACGGUCAGGACACUGCAAUGCACAAGGCCCCAAAAACAAGAUGUCAUGACAAAGGUUCUUCAUUGUUUAAGAAAAAAUCUUGAAUCUAGAGGAAGUUCAAUGGCUCAAAGCUUAGACAAAGUGAAGGAUUUCCAGAAUUAUGGCCUUGGAAAAUUUGUUGUCGAUAAAGAUAGAAACUUUUUAGCCAAGAUGUAUUAUAAAAGUCAGAUCAAGAUCAUUCAGGAAAUGUCAGACAACCUCAUCAGGGAUUGUAAGGAAUUUAUUAACAAAAAAAGCAGUAAGGAUGAUUAUGAUGACACGUACACCAAGGAAAUUCUUAACAUGAUUGAUGAGAAACUUCAGGCUCAAGAAGAUCAAAAGAAAGAAUUUGAGCUUCCUCUUAAACUGCACAUUUGUGGCUUUGCAAGCAGAGAAUUUCAAGAGAUUCACAAUAAGUUCAUUAUGGACAACAACCCACUCACAGCCUUGGAAAACCUGAAACAAACAUAUCGCUCUAACUUCAUAGACCUUUACCAUGAACGAGACCAGUGUCAGAAGACGGCUGAUGAGUUCAUGAGAAACUGCCUACAACCUGCCUUUGAAAGGUAUAUUUCUGAAAAGUUAGGCAUGGAAAUGGCGGACAAGAUGGUAAUUGGUGAAAACGCUGCAAUUUUUGCAACAAGGACGACUUUUCAGAUAUCAAUCUUGAAAAGUCUACUGCACGAAUUUAAAUUCAACUCAUAUUUAUAUUUCAUCAAAUCAUAUGAAACAUUUGUCAACGACUUUAUUUUGGCCAAAGUUAAGAAGCACUUUUCAGCAGAGGACAGAAUGUUCAAAUUAGAGGAAAAGCUCGUCAAUGAAGUCGUCAGUGAAAUUACUGCGGCCAUCGCAGCAGCAGAGCAAGAACCAAAGAAAAAUGAUAUCAAAGGAUUCAUCCAGAGCAUCUGCAAAAAACUUGAAAACAGGCUUGUCAUUCCAAUGGACGCUGUGGACAAAAUCAGCACACUGAACAAUGCAAAUCCCAAGAAAAUUGCUGAGAGCCUUCAAUAUUCUGUGAAGGACCUGGAUAAUUUACUGAAAGCAAGAUUCCAUGGAAUAGAUUUUCAAAGCCGACUAAAUCAUCUUCAAACUAAACCUCAGGAUGUGCUGUUCAAUCGAGUGAAUGGCUGUGGGAAACAGUGUCCAUUCUGUAAAGCACCAUGCGAGGCUGGAGGAGAAGCCCACACUAAACAUUUUGUCUCAAUCCACAGACCAGAAGGUCUCGGGCGCUACAGGUGGAAUGAGUCUAAAAAACUAGUGACUGACAUCUGUACAUCUUCAGUGCACGGCAACACACGAUUUAAGUGCAGAGACACAAAUGAUAAGUGGCAUCCAUAUAACGAAUAUUACAAAAUCUAUCCAGACUGGCGAAUUGACGCCGAUUGCAGCAUGGAGGCUUCAGUGUAUUGGAAAUAUGUGAUGGUAAAAUUCAAUGAGAAGUUUGCAGAUGAGUAUGAUGCAAAGCCUGCAGAUAUACCUUCACUCUGGAGAAACAUCACAGAAGCUCAGGCACUGGAAAGCCUUGAUUAAACAAACAUCAGCUCUCUGGCCUCAGUUUCAGUUA